AUGGUCCCACCUACCCAUACAAAUUUGGUACGCGAAUUAUUGCAAGCGGUACAAGAUUUGAGUAGGCAGAGCCAAGCACUGCCACCACAGAGUGCACCUUCAUUUGUCCCUGGAGCCAUCUCAAUGGUUGAGCAGUUUCGUAGGCACAAGCCUCCGACUUUUGAUGGUGGUUCCGACCCACUACCUAUUGAGGAGUGGAUUAGAGGUUUGGAGCGCAUCCUUCGACACAUUGCUUGUACGGAUGCACAAAAGGUACUAUGCGCAGAAUUCAUGUUUGUUGGAGCAGCCAGUCACUGGUGGGAAUCUGUCUUACGCACUAGGACCGAAGAGCAGCAGCGUGACCUAACUUGGGAGCAAUUUAAAGAUGAAGUGAUGGCAAAGUACUUCCCACAAGCCCUGAGAGAUUUCAAAGAAUCAGAGUUCCUACAGCUUAGACAGGGAAAAUUAUCACUUAUUGAUUAUGAGAGGCAGUUUGAACAACUCUCAAGAUAUGCCCCGCACUUAGUAGAUACGGAAGUUAAAAAGAUCAGAAGAUUCGAAAAUGGACUACGACCAGAGAUUGGUAUGAUCAUUAAAUCUCACCGUUUCACUUCAUACCGAGAAAUGUUGGAGAGGGCUCACACUAUUUCAUAUCAAAGGAAUAGAUUUGAACAAUAUUCCCAGCAGGGCAAGGAGUCAUGGGGAAAAAGGAAGUGGAAUGAUCAGAGCAAGGACAGGCGUAACUGGCCGAAUAAAAGACCAAGCACAGGAGUUCACAUUGGUGGGACAAAUGGGACUAUUACACCUUGUCCUAAGUGUAAUAAAUCACAUAGGGGCGAAUGCUUAUUUGGGAAGAACAUAUGUUUCCGAUGUGGUAAGCCGGCGUAUAUCUCCUUGAAUUGUACAGAGCCUCCACGAAAGAAGAAUGAUGACCAGGACAAGAACAAGAAAGGGAAGGCUCAAGUUUUUGCACUAAACCAGCAUGAGGCAGAGCAAGAUCCGAACGUGAUAGCAGGUAUUUUGUUAUUAUCUGAUAUACCCGCCUAUGUACUUUUUGACUCUGGGGCUACAAAUUCUUUUAUCUCUACAUCAUUCGUUAUUAAGUCUGGCAUUGUAUGUGUGAAAACGGAUAAUGCAUUAGAGGUUAGCAUUCUUCAGGAAAAACUCUUUCUACAAAUGAGAUGA